AUGGACUCCGCAGGUGCCAAGUCAACCAUGUCUCGAGACAUGGAGGAGCUCACAACCGGCCAGGAGACCGUCUCCAAGCAAGUCCAAGGCCACAAGGCCGCGCUUUCGAACCCUAACACAAGCGAGGCGGCAAAGGAAAACAGCAGAGCUGUCAUCGAAGAGCUCGGUGGCGAGGCGGCGCAUUACGGAGGCAAAGACGACCCGCAGAGCAAGAAUGCCGCGGAGAACCUUGACGGCAGCCGCGCAAUGGCUGCGUGA